CCCGCGGGGACCGGAAGCGGAAGCGGUGCGAAGAGCUGAGGAACCGGAGGCUGAGUGGGAGCGAGGUAAUAACGUGUGAGGUGAUUGAUCCCCAAUAUGUGAGUGUACCCUGAGUAGAGGUGACUCAGGGAGUGGGGAAUCCCAGCUUCGCUCUCCUUAACUCACAAUACCCACUCACACUCAUUCACAGUGAUACUCGGUGUGUCAGCGUGUGAGUGAAGGGUAUGUGCUGCCCCUGGGGCUCAUUAUCACAAUAUCCAGUGACAUUCUACAUAGCUCGCCAUAAUGGGAGGGAUAGCCUGGGUUUAUAUUUAUAAUGUGUCUAAUUAUAUACUAUAUCAGCAAUGCCUCCUCCUAAUACAGUGCUUAUAAUGUGUCUAAUUAUAUACUGUAUCAGGAAUACCCCCUCCUAAUACAGUGCUUAUAAUGUGUGGGUAUAUACUAUAUCAGGGAUACCUCCUCCUAAUACAGUGCUUAUAAUGUGUCUAAUUAUAUACUGUAUCAGCAAUGCCUCCUCCUAAUACAGUGCUUAUAAUGUGUCUAAUUAUAUACUGUAUCAGGGAUACCUCCUCCUAAUACAGUGCUUAUAAUGUGUCUAAUUAUAUACUGUAUCAGGGAUACCUCCUCCUAAUACAGUGCUUAUAAUGUGUGGGUAUAUACUAUAUCAGGAAUACCUCCUCCUAAUACAGUGCUUAUAAUGUGUGGGUAUAAUACAGUGCUUAUAAUCAGUAUCAAUGCCUCCUCCUAAUACAGUGCUUAUAAUGUGUGGGUAUAUACUAUAUCAGCAAUGCCUCCUCCUAAUACAGUGCUUAUAAUGUGUGGGUAUAUACUAUAUCAGCAAUGCCUCCUCCUAAUACAGUGCUUAUAAUGUGUGGGUAUAUACUAUAUCAGGAAUACCCCCUCCUAAUACAGUGCUUAUAAUGUGUGGGUAUAUACUAUAUCAGCAAUGCCUCCUCCUAAUACAGUGCUUAUAAUGUGUGGGUAUAUACUGUAUCAGGAAUACCCCCUCCUAAUACAGGGCUUAUAAUGUGUGGGUAUAUACUGUAUCAGCAAUGCCCCCUCCUAAUAUAGUGCUUAUAAUGUGUGGGUAUAUACUGUAUCAGGGAUACCUCCUCCUAAUACAGUGCUUAUAAUGUGUGGGUAUAUACUGUAUCAGGUAUGUCCCCUCCUAAUACAGUGCUUAUAAUGUGUGGGUAUAUACUAUAUCAGGAAUACCUCCUCCUAAUACAGGGCUUAUAAUGUGUGGGUAUAUACUAUAUCAGGAAUACCCCCUCCUAAUAUAGUGCUUAUAAUGUGUGGGUAUAUACAUCAGCAAUGCCUCCUCCUAAUAUAGUGCUUAUAAUGUGUGGGUAUAUACUAUAUCAGGAAUACCCCCUCCUAAUACAGUGCUUAUAAUGUGUGGGUAUAUACUAUCAGGAAUACCCCCUCCUAAUACAGGGCUUAUAAUGUGUGGGUAUAUACUAUAUCAGCAAUGCCUCCUCCUAAUACAGUGCUUAUAAUGUGUGGGUAUAUACUGUAUCAGGAAUACCCCCUCCUAAUACAGGGCUUAUAAUGUGUGGGUAUAUACUGUAUCAGCAAUGCCCCCUCCUAAUAUAGUGCUUAUAAUGUGUGGGUAUAUACUGUAUCAGGGAUACCUCCUCCUAAUACAGUGCUUAUAAUGUGUGGGUAUAUACUAUAUCAGGUAUGUCCCCUCCUAAUACAGUGCUUAUAAUGUGUGGGUAUAUACUAUAUCAGGAAUACCUCCUCCUAAUACAGGGCUUAUAAUGUGUGGGUAUAUACUAUAUCAGGAAUACCCCCUCCUAAUAUAGUGCUUAUAAUGUGUUGGUAUAUACAUCAGCAAUGCCUCCUCCUAAUAAUAUAGUGCUUAUAAUGUGUGGGUAUAUACUAUAUCAGGAAUACCCCCUCCUAAUACAGUGCUUAUAAUGUGUGGGUAUAUACUAUAUCAGGAAUACCCCCUCCUAAUACAGUGCUUAUAAUGUGUGGGUAUAUACUAUAUCAGGAAUACCCCCUCCUAAUACAGUGCUUAUAAUGUGUGGGUAUAUACUGUAUCAGGAAUGCCUCCUCCUAAUACAGUGUUUAUAAUGUGUGGGUAUAUACUAUAUCAGCAAUGCCUCCUCCUAAUACAGUGCUUAUAAUGUGUGGGUAUAUACUAUAUCAGCAAUGCCUCCUCCUAAUACAGUGCUUAUAAUGUGUGGGUAUAUACUAUAUCAGGAAUACCCCCUCCUAAUACAGUGCUUAUAAUGUGUGGGUAUAUACUAUAUCAGCAAUGCCUCCUCCUAAUACAGUGCUUAUAAUGUGUGGGUAUAUACUAUAUCAGCAAUGCCUCCUCCUAAUAUAGUGCUUAUAAUGUGUGGGUAUAUACUAUAUCAGGAAUACCCCCUCCUAAUACAGUGCUUAUAAUGUGUGGGUAUAUACUAUAUCAGGAAUACCCCCUCCUAAUACAGUGCUUAUAAUGUGUGGGUAUAUACUAUAUCAGGAAUACCCCCUCCUAAUACAGUGCUUAUAAUGUGUGGGUAUAUACUGUAUCAGGAAUGCCUCCUCCUAAUACAGUGUUUAUAAUGUGUGGGUAUAUACUAUAUCAGGAAUACCUCCUCCUAAUACAGUGCUUAUAAUGUGUGGGUAUAUACUAUAUCAGGAAUGCCUCCUCCUAAUACAGUGUUUAUAAAGUGUGGGUAUAUACUAUAUCAGCAAUGCCUCCUCCUAAUAUAUUGUUUAGAAUGUGGGGUAUUUACUGUAUCAGGAAUGCCUCCUCCUAAUAUAGUGUUUAGUAUGUGUGGGUAUAUACUCUAUCAAGAAUACCUCUAUUUAACAUGAAUCAGUGUCAUACUGUAUGGUUGCUGAGCAGUACAUAAACGUUAUGCGUGGAAAAUAUGAAUUUAUGGUCAUUGUUGCAACACUGUUUAAAGAUAAAUACUAAAUACUAAGUGGCUGCAAUCAAAAUAAAAUAAAACGCUAAUAUAAGAAAUAUCCUGAAUAUAAUGUCUGUGAUACAAGUAUACUGUAAUAGCAAUCUAGCUCCUUAAUGUUCAUUGAUAUAUGUGGAUAUGAACUAUAAACUGACAGGGGCUCCACACUUUGUUAAACAUAGAUAUAUCCUAUAUUUCUUUGUAGCAUUAGACAUUUUCAUGGUUACGAUAUAUAUGAACAUAAUAUGAGCACUGUUCUAUGAGUUUAUGUUCUCAUUCAUAGCUAUACUGUGUAAAUCAGGGGUUGUCUAAUUUUGGCAAUCUAGGAUACUGACAAAUUUAGUCUGGGUACUAGAUUGCAGAUAUUUAACAAACUUUGAUUUAUUCAUUAUUCUCGCUCUUAUAUUUAUUUGCCACUUCUCUCCCAUGAGACCUGAUUUAUCACUCUUAGCUAAACUUCCAUAAUUAUUUUUUUUUAUUUAUAUAGUGCCAGCAAAAUUCCACAGUGCUGUACAAUGGGUCAAUCACAAUUAAUACUUUAGUCACUGUUACUUACCAAAGUAACCAUACUCUUUCACACCUAAUUAACCACACACUUGCAUUGGAACUAGGAAGCAGAGAGACGGAGUUGCAGCAUUUAUAUUCAUUGCUUCUGCAGUAGGACUGCUGCAGUAGUCCUUUUGCCACCAGCAGAGUAUUGUUACUUCUCUCUCAGAGGAUGUGUUGCAUCUGGUUAUCACAGACCCCCAGCUACCUUGUGGUCUGUAGGGAAAAAUAUUCAGGGGAAAUAUUUUGAUUUUCCCCUAAAUUAAAUCUUAUUUAUGUGCAAGGAUGACAACCUGUCGCCAUGGAUUUGUUAAGCUUUAGAGCAAGCAUAUCAAACUCAAAGUAUAGCAAGGGCCAAAUAAACAAGGUUCAAGUUUGUGGGGUGCAAAAAAAAAAAAGCAAACAUGUAAAUUUUCAUAGAAACAUUGGUUUAUUAUGAAAAGUACACUAUAAAAAAAAAACCCAGCAUCUCCCUCUACUAAAUCCCAGUCCUUGCCCCCCCAUAUACUAAAUCCCAGCACCCCCCUCUAGCCAACAAGUAGACUAUACUCACAUUGACGCUGCCAGUAUGCGACUCCGCAGUCCGGCCUCUGGUAUACCUCAAAUGGCGCCGUCCACACCCUGUGCCAAAGCAGAUCCUCCUGCUACUUCUUGAAACUCUGUGAAGGUGGAGCACGUUGACGUUAAGUUCAAAUGUGAUGUGACGUGGCAUUGUGUGCCUCCAUGCACCUCCACUGUCCAGCCACGGCCAUCGCAACACUGACCGGCACGCACGCACGCACUCACUGACUGACUGACGGACGGACGGACACUCACUGAGCAGUGUGUGUGUAUGUAUGUAUAUGUAUGUGUAAUAUAUACACAUACACACACAAUUCCUGCACUCCAACCAAAGAAAAGUAAUACCUGGUGCUCUGGUAGCUGUAAUAAUAUAUCCAAAAAAAUACCGGCUCUCAAGGAGUUUCCAUCAGAUGUCGUUUUUGGAAUAAAAGAAGAUUUAUGUUUGGAAACCCCUUGAGUGCCGGUAUUUUUUUGGAUAGAUAUAUAUUAUGCUUGGCACACCUCAAACUAUAACUUGCAUAGUUCACUUGCCUGGGUGCAAAAACCCGCGUUGAGUAUAUAACAAACUAAGAAAGGGUGUACUCCCUGCUCAAAUGAGCUUACAGUCUAUAGGAGGUGGGAAAUAAAACACAUUAGGACAGGAAAUAGCAGUCAAAAUAGGUGGGACUGAAGCAGAGCUGGAGGAGAGAGAGUGCUGUCCUUCAGGAACGAGCAAGAGACAGGUAUGUGAAGUAGAGGUUACUCUGGGAGACCAUAAACUUUCCUAAAAAGAUGGGUUUUAAGGCACUUCUUAAACGAUUGAAGACUAGGGGAGAGUCUGAUGUCGGUAGGCAGGCUAUUCCAUAGGAAGGGAGCUGCCUGCGAGAGGUCCUGCAAGCGCGAGUUGGUUGUACGGGUGUGAGAAGUGGACAAGAGAAGGUCACGGGCAGAGUGGAGAGACCGAGAAGGGGCAUACCUAUGGAUCUGUGGAGAUGUAUAAGAGGGGCUAGAAUUGUUCAAUACUUUAUAAGUAUGGGUUAGCGUUUUGAAUUGACUCCUAUAGCCAAUGUAAGGACUGACAGAGGGGUGAGGUGUGAGAGGACCGACUAGAGAGGAAAAUCAGUCUGGCGGCAGCAUUCAUUACAGACUGUAGCAGGGCAAUACGGUUUUUGGGAAGACCAAUUAGGAGAGGGUUACACUAAUCCCUGCGGGAAAUUACUAGAGCAUGGACAAGCGCUUUGAUACCAUCUUGCGUAAGAAAGAGGCGGAUGUGGGCUAUAUUUUUAAGAUGAAUCUACAUAAUUUGGUAACAUGCUGGAUGUAAGGCUUAAAGGUGAGGCUAGAAUCAAAUAUGACACCAAGACAGCGCGCUUGCAAGGAUGGGCUGAGGUGGAUACCACUGAUUUGAAGGGAGAGCGAAAGAAGAGGGAUCAGUAUUAGGAGGAGGAAAGACUGUUUUAGAAAGCAGGAGGACAUCCAGUCAGAGAUGGAGGAAAGGCAAGCAGUUAUACGUUGCAGGAUGGCAGAGGAGAGAUAUAGCUAGGUGUCAUCAGCGUACAGGCGGUAGUGGAAUCCAAAUGAGGCAAUAAGUUUGCCAAGAGAGGCAGUAUAAAGAGAAAAUAGAAGGGGGACAGAGACAGGAUGAAUGGAGGAGGUAUCAUUAGAAAAGGAGACACUGAGCGUUGGGAGAGGGAGGAGGAAAAAAAAAAGAGAGGACUGUGUCACAAAGACCGAGUGAAGAGUUUUCAGAAGGAGAGCAUGAUCAACGGUGUCAAAGGCAGCAGAGUAGUCAAGAAGAAUUAGUUUGGAGUAAGUGGCCUUUGGAUUUAGCCACGAUUAGGCAGUUAAUAACUUUGACAAAUGUUAAACAAAAAUCUGCACACCAGUCAAGCCAUAAGACUUGCUUUUCCACAGAAAUCACAAAUUUGCAGUGGUGUUACUACUGCAAAGAAUUCUGAUUUGUGUGGGAAAAGCAAGUCUUAUGGCUUGACUGGUGUGCAGAUUUUUGUUUAACAUUAUCUCUCUCUAAGUGUCUCUCUCUCUUUUUUUUUUUUUUUUUUUUUUUUUUUUUUUUUUUUUUUUUUUUUUUUUUGUGCCAUUCAUCAUCACUCCGUGGAGUAUUUUUUAUAUUGGUUUUAUUUGUUUGUUUUUUGCAAGUUUACAGAUAGUCGCUCCUCUGGUAAAGCACGAAGUUAGCCUUUGAUCAAAAGCUAGAAACUGUAUACUUGUUUUUGCGAUAGAAACCAAUCUGUUAUUCGAGGUGGUUGAUUUGCUAAACUCUGAAUUGCAGCUAUUUGAAAUUCAAAUGGUAAAAAUGGCUAAAAUAAAGCCAGCAGUGACUAGAGCCAAGUUGGGUAAUUUUUCAGAUCCGCUUUUUGAGCCUAGAUAUUGCCCUUUGUAUUUUAAUUGGCUAUAAUUUGGUGUUUAACGAAUAAACCCCUUGGUGGUGACUGUAUAGGAAUUUGAUCACGUUUAAUGACAAGUGGGCACUACUGGUUAGAAAUAAAAUCUAUUGAAUUCAUGUGACGUUGACCUAAAUCUGAAUUUCAAACCGUUUAUUUCCUAGUAUUUGUCUGUGCAAGUCUAAGUAAAUGGUUGUUUGACUUGUCUGUUGAUGCUUAUAUGGUUAUUCCAAGCACCAUGACCAGUUCAGUGUUUUGAAGGGGUCAUGGUGCCUGAAGUCUGUAUGUGCAGUGUUUGAGGGAUAACCACACCUCCAGUAGCAUCAUUGGAGUGUCGUCAGCCACACUGGAACUAAGGUUCGGGGUUGGCUAAUAUCAAUUCUGUGCAACUUUUAUUGCACAGAAUGUCAGUCAUUGGCUGAGCGUGGAAAACCAAUAAAGGAGCCACAAUACCAAAGUUCCAGUGGAACUGACAAAGUUUCGACCCAACCUCAGGUCUUUUUCAAGCCUGACAUUGGAGUUUUGCAUCCAAACUUUUAUUAGGGGAGGAGUACAUGCCCUCCCAAUUGCUCUGUACCUUUUGGCUGAGAGUGGUUCGCUGACUUUCUGUUAAUGAAUGGCAAUGGCCACGGCUUACGUGUUUUACAGAAGAGCCUCACCGGUCCACCGGAGAUCAUCAGCGCGAGAGGGGGUGGGCCUUUAAUAAAUGGUUUGCUUCAUUGCCAGGGUACUUCUGAAAUAAAAUUGGAGUAACACUUUAAAGGAAGAUUAUAGUGUUAUGAAUAUGUUUGUAUUCCUCACACUAUAGUAACACCCUUUUUAUACUUAAACAGUCACCUAAAUUUAAAAGGGAAAAAAAAUGAUUUAAUUUAUUGUGUAUCACUCAGUUCAGCCACGCGCUCCUCCCACAUAGUCAUCUAGCAGGUGUUGCUGCCAAUGCUCCUCAUAGGGCAAGAAGUGCAGGUAUGGCGAGCACCAUGCUCCUCCAAUCGAUGAGAAACAUUCAUGGGAGGCGAGGUGUGAGAACCAAGUCUGACUUGCCUCACACAACAAAAGUGUUUCUAGUGGCGGUUUGGAAUGCAGCCACUGGAAGUGUGAUUGGCCCUUGCUGUAUCUGCUAAAUGGCAGUGUUACAUUGUAGGGCCGAAAUGACAGGACCAUGGCACACAGACCACCUAAUUAUGUCAAAGUGUUCCUUUAAUACUAUCUGUAUACUAUCCUUUAGUGUUCCUUUAAUACUAUCUGUGCUAUAAAGAAGGCCCUGGUAGUUACAAACCCUUUGUUCAAUUUAAAAAAAAAAAAAAAAAAACUGUUUAAUUUUAGUCAUAUCAGUCAGCUCAAAGAUUACUGUAAUGGGCUGGAUGCUGGGAAAUGUUUCAAUGGGUGGACCUUUCAUUGCACCCACCUUGCCUCUAAUAUUUCAUUAAAUUUGUAGAACAUCCUGGGAGGAACCUAAGCAAUGUUGGAUCUAGAGAAGAUCUCCACUAAAGCAGGGCUCGACAAAUCACAGGCGCCAUGGCGACAUGCUCAGGGAGCAUGUAGCCGACCGCCCUGGAGAGAACGGGGGCGGCCAGCUCAGGGAGCAUGUAGCCGACCGCCCUGGAGAGAACGGGGGCGGCCAGCUCAUGGAGCAUGUAGCCGACCGCCCAGGGGAGAAUGGGGGCGGCCAGCUCAGGGAGCAUGUAGCCGACCACCUUGGGAGAAUGGGGGCGGCCGGCUCAGGGAGCAUGUAGCCGACCACCUUGGGAGAAUGGGGGCAGCCGGCUCAGGGAGCGUGUAGCCGACCGCCCUGGGGAGCAUGGGGCGGUUGGCUCAGGGUUAAUGGAGGCGGCUAGCUCACAGAGCAUGUAGCCGACCGUCCUGGGGUAAAUGGGGACGGCCGGCUCAGGGAGCAUGUAGCCGACCACCUUGGGAGCAUGGGGGCAGCCGGCCGGCUCAGGGAGCAUGUAGCCGACCACCUUGGGAGAAUGGGGCCGGCCGGCUCAGGGAGCAUGUAGCCAACCGCCCUGGGGAGCAUGGGGGCGGUUGGCUCAGGGUUAAUGGAGGCGGCAGGCAGGGGCAGCGAUGGAGCAGUGAUCUUACUGCGGCUCCUCUCUGCUCCGUCGCGCUGUCUAGUGGUAUCUUUUAUGUGCAUGCGUGAGGUGGUCUAUGAAAUAUCUUGCAGGAUCUUCUAUAGACCCCCUUUUUUCAUUCUUGAGCAUGUACGAUGUAAGAAUGCUCGAUUGACUAAGUCUUUGGAGCUGAAGAUACAUGGUGGUGCUCAUGAGGAAAGGCGUCAAGUAAAUAUAUAGCUCCCUAACUCAAGACCUCCCCCCCCCCAAAAUAUGGUUGUGAUUAGUUUGUGUUAGUGUACUUGCCAUCAAGUUUGGCAUUAACUGCUGCAAGGGGCUAAACUUCUUUUCCCAUAAACCACUGAUGGACAGAGUUUAUGGGAAAAGAUCAGUUCCCACAUGCCAGAAUAAGAUGCUCCUGAUGUUAUACAGUGCUUCAGAUGUUGUGGUUCCAGUAAAUAGACUGCCACCACUACACAAACAUCUUGGUUAACCUUUUUUUGUAGAUUAAUAUUUAUGGCUGCAUUUAGUCAUAAGGAAGUGGUGGACUCUGAGCACAUUGUAGGGAUUUUUAAAAAGCUCUAAUAGCAGUCUAAAAUGCCCUGUAUACCUAAUACAUAAAUUGUAAAGUUUCCCGAUGUUGACUUCAUCGCAUGGUGUCCACUGGCCACAUGGUGCAGAGGAAGUUACAUUUUACUUACCUGAAUCUGUCUCAUGCGGCUGCUGCUAUCUGCAUCUGUUGGAUCCUUUUCAUUUAUCUGCUAGUAGCCCACCUCUGUGCUGUACACUUGUGCAUGUGUGAGAGUACAAAACUAAGGGGUCUAUGGAGGAUCCUGCGAGCCUCUAGGUAUCUUCUCACAAUGAGCGAGGCAAUGCUUUAUUCCCCCAGUCGAUACUAGUGACAAAACUUCACAAAGGAAGCCACUCCUUUAGUUAAGUUUGGUCAAGUGGAGGGGAAGCUACAUAACGCAAAGUAGUUGGCAACUGGUUCCAAUAAAUGUACAACUUUAUUUCAGACUGACAGCCUGUCUGCUUUUUGUGCAGUAAAGGGCUUAAGCAGUCUCCGAGUUAAAACUGCCAUGACCAGAGUUACCGCCAGUGCUAUACUUUCCUGCGAGGCAAACAAGUAAUUUGCUUUGGGUGGCAUUUUCCAGGGAGCAGCAAAAAACGCAGCCCCCCAAAUGCCCAGACGAAUGCCUUGUUAGCCUUGGGGCAGACGUCUAGCUGAGGUCCAGGUGGGCGGCCAGGGAGCGCUGUUUUCUGAGCUCUCCCUGCUCAGCUCCCUCGCGCGCCGCAGAGUGAUGCCGGGAGCUGGAACAUGAUGUCACAUUCCGGCUCCUAGCAUCACUCUGCGGCGCGCUGAGCAGGGAGAGCUCAGAAAUCAGUGCUCUCUCGCCGCUCGUCUGGACCUCAACUGGUCACCCGUCUGCCCAAACAGCCCGGCCAGCAGCCCCACUGGACCCCAGGUAAAAAAAAUCCACCCAGCUCUCCCAAAGGUAGGGAGGCCGGGUGGAUUUAAAUUAAAAUAAAAAAUUAUCUGUGAGUGGUGGGUUGUGUGUGUGUGUGUGUGUGUGUCUGUCUGUCUGUCUGUCUGUGAGUGAGUGAUUAUGUGUGUGUCUGUCAGAUUGUGUCAAAUCAGUGAGUGUCUGUGUGUCUGUCAGUGUAUCUGAGAGUGUGUUUGUCAGUCAGUGUGUUAAUUGUUAACAGGAAGAGGUGUGGCUUUGACAGGAAGGGGUGGCGAAAAUCUAAAUUAGGGGGUGCCCAAGUUCCGUAAUGCCUAGGGCAGCACAGAUCCAAAAUAACCCACUGGUUACCGCGUGACUAUUUAUUCAUGGCAUUGUUCACUAAAGAGGGCAUUCUGAAUUGAUAAGGGAAAAAGGCAAAUAUUUGUUCUGAACAUCCAAAAUGGAAAAGCUCUCUGGCUCAACUAUCAUGGCCUAAAAUGUGCAGUUCUUUUGUCAGUUCUUUAGUUUUAGUGUGAUUUUAUAAAAUAUGCUCAUGUCCCAUCUUAUAGAUCACCCUUUUCUUACUUUUCAUUGACCACACCCCAACAAUCCUGCACAUACUCUAGCCCAUCCUGUCUUUUUUAUUGAACAUUGGUGUUUUAAAAGUACCAAAUUUUCCUUUUCUUUUUCUCUAAUAGGCUUUUUCACCAAACCUUCUCCAUGAAUUAAUUUGAAACAUCUUGAGUGCUGUGUACACUUCUGUAGUGUUUAAAGAAGUGAAUAAGAAGGAUCGCGCAGUGGGGUAAGUGAACCAGCAGCCUAGAACUUUCAUUAGGGGUGCUAACCCUACAAGCCAGGUUUUUAAAUUCCCUUUCCCUUACGUGUGUCCUUGAAGAUUGUUAGUUGAAGCAGGUGCUUAUCAACCUUAGAAUUCCUCCACAUGUGGCCUGCAGCUGCAAUACUCAAAGGAUCAGUUCUUUAGAUGAAGGUUUUUUGACAAUGCAGGAUAUGGUUUCUUAAAGGAACACUCCUUCCACCAUAACAACUUAAGCUUAUUUAAGUUGUUGGUGUGCAGGAUUGCCUGAACACCUUAUCUUCAGUGGUCAAAUAUUGGCAAUGGUGUAACCUCAAAGUUGGGGCUCUAGCACUCUGCCUCUCAGUUUACUUCUCCUCUGCACUGUAUGAGGAAGGUUUAGCCGGAACGUCAUUGAUAAACUUUCAGUGGGUGCUCAUUGAGAGACAUAGUACGUAAACUGAGAGGCAGAUUUGCUGGGUGCUGAACCCACAACUUUGGAUUUAGACUGUUUAAUCCGUGAAAGUUAGAAGGAACCUGGAUACUCUUGCAGCCAUCUCACCUUAAAUGAGCUUAAAUUGUAAUCGGGGUUGGAAUGGUCCUUUAACCCCUUAAGGACACAUGACAUGUGUGACAUGUCAUGAUUCCUUUUUAUUCCAGAGGUUUGGUCCUUAAGGGGUUAAAGAAGCCACUCAACCAGAGUGGUGUAAUGGGGACAUGCUCUCUCUUUCUGGACUAAUCAAAUUAUCUUUUAGGGACAUGUGGAGUUGUAGUGUGGAAAAAUCAAAAUAUAGCCUGCAAUUUUUUUUCUAAUUUCACUCGUUUGUAAUAGUUUUCUUUACAUACUGCUUAUUUUUACCUGUCUAUAAUCUCUCUUCACUCCAGGACCAUGGAGGAGUCUCACUUCAACUCCUCGUACUUCUGGCCUGCGGUUCCCACUGUCUCUGGACAGGUAAAUAUCUCAACAUUUUACAAAGUCAUUUUGCUAAUAUCGUAUCUCUAGGUUUCAUAUCUUUAACAUGGGACGCAGUCACCAAACCAAAAAAAAACAUGGUGAUGACUCAAUGCAUUUAAUCAUUGAUUGGCUACAGAUUGUACAUGUCUUGACUUGGGGGCAUGAUGUUCAAAAAAUUUCAAGCAACCAAUUGAGAUAAUCUCCCUUACUCACCUUCUAGACCGUAAUUCUAUUUAUGUAUGAAGGUUCUUACCGAAAAGUCCACUCAUAUUAGGAGAUAUCUAAAUGGUCUGGAUGUUUUUUGGUAAAGUUGGUCUAUAAUUACUAUACACCUUAAUAAUAAUGUUUCCCCUUUCUGAUUCAAAAUAGGUUUGUUUUUGUUUGGAUGGUAGCAAUGGGAGUGUAUGAAAGUAACACAUUAACAAACAUGAGUGAUUUCAGCCCAAAUUAGUGUUACUUAAUAUUAAACCAACUUUGUCAGUUGUACAGUCUUUGCGUUUUUUACAAAUCCGAUUGGAUGCCAUCUUCUUGUGGUCAUACUUCUCACGCAUACAUGAGCGCCCAAAACAGUGUUUAUGGAGGGUGCAGUGAUUUAGCCGAAUCCUCUAAAGAUAAUAAAACUCAUGCACAAAAAGAGGCCUUUGACAUCUACUGCAAAUCUAGCCUGAUAAUGCUUGUUCAGCUGUCACAGCCAAUUGCUGACGGGAACCUCCCUGCCUUUUGUUAAUUUUUGACAAAGUUUGCCACUUGCAUGUCCCUACUUUGUCUCUUGUAUAUCUUUCGAUUGCAUUGCAGUUUCAAAGAAACUCCAACACAGCCAAAAAAAACAUUUCAUAAAGUUUCUAUCUUUAAGAAAAGCUCAAAAGUGACAGUCACUUUAUAGGGGAACUGUAACUUGCCAGGGUUUGCAUAUCCCUGUAUUUAACAAAUAUGUAUUACCACUGCGUGAAAAAGGAAAUUACAAAUAGAAAUUCACACCUUGGUUCUGAAAUUGUGAGCCUCCAUCUUAGCUCCAUGUCAGUCAUCGAUAUAAGUUCUAUCUUUUGCACCUGGCAGUCAGCAUAGAGAAAGCUAUAAAGACGAUUAGAAAUGAUACAGUUUUCUAUUUCCACUCCUUUGCGUUAUUUGCCUUGUCUGAACUGGAUCAGAUAUCGCUGGUUAAUAAAAACAAAAGACAAAACAUCUCAUGGGGAAAGAAAAAGUUUAAAUUCUUUGUAGGUUAAAUGUUUUAUUCAAUGAUAUAAUGCCAGAGAUGUGGAAAUUUCUCCAUUUCAUUUAUUUAAUUAUUAUUGCCAUCUAUAUAGCGCCAACAGAUUCCGUAGCGCUUUACAAUAUUAUAAGAGGGAUAAUUUAGCUAUAAAUAGGACAAUUACAUGAAAACUUACAGGAACAAUAGGUUGAAGAGGACCCUGCUCAAACGAGCUUACAGUCUAUAGGAGGUGGGGUGUAAAACACAGUAGGACGGUAAUUAAUGUGUCACAGUUGUCUUCUUUGAACCUCUUUACAAAAAGUGCAGAUUUUAAUAGAAAUGUGCACUCUUUGUAUAUUCACCUGGUUACACCCCCUGGCUGUCAAGCAGACAACUGGUCCUGUUACGUCCUGGCUGUUUAACUCAGUGGAGUAUAACUCCAGAGGCAGCAUUUGCCCAGAUCAUCAACUGCAUUGGUAAGUCUGUGAUUGGACAAACACAGAAAAGUGUGAGCUGGGUUAGGAGAGGAUGGCUUGCAAAGGUAGCAGAUGAGAACUGCAGCUUUUGCCAACUGUCUUUAGAUUUACCCUCAAUGAAAAAAAUGCAUGAAUUUGGGGUAUGUUUAGUUUACUAAGAGGGUUUUUUUUAUUUUGGAGUUUAUUAUUGGAGUGUCCCUUUAAAAUUUUAGCCUGUCGCCGCUCAUAUUCGAGCAGAUGGGGUUACACUCUGUCAUCUUUCCCAUGUGUUGUCUGACUAAAAUUAGUCCAAAAACAAAACUCCAGAAAAAUCACAUCGCGGGAAAAGGUCAAUGGCAACUUUAUUUAUUUAUUUAUUUAAAUUCUUUAUUUAGUCGUGCGAUAAUAGAACAAUUUUACCUAUUCUGCCACAACAGCAGAAGUAGGUUAUGAACAAGCAUACAAUUGUGAGGCAUAGGUAAGUAUCAACGAUUAGACAGCACUUUUUGUAAUAUAUCUACUGCAUUUGAUAGGACAUGUCGGUGAUGAGGUGAGUGCUUUUCGGGUGCAACAGGGCAUGUCAGUGCUCACGGGGUGAAUCAAAGCUUAUAGUUGCAGGUCUGAGACUAGGUGUGGAGCUAAGAAGGUUUUUAUCGUAGGUCCGUUGUGUCACUAUCUCAGGUCCCUGCUCCUAAUAAACAAUACCUUGUAAGAUCUGCAACUAGGUGUGUCGCCGUUAGGGGUGGUGUCUGUGUAUGGUUAUGUGACAGGAGGGUCAGGAGUGUAUUUACGUUCCUUUUGGCUUCACUCCUACAGGGAGUGCAGAAUUAUUAGGCAAGUUGUAUUUUUGAGGAUUAAUUUUAUUAUUGAACAACAACCAUGUUCUCUAUGAACCCAAAAAACUCAUUAAUAUCAAAGCUGAAUAUUUUUGGAAGUAGUUUUUAGUUUGUUUUUAGUUUUAGCUAUGUUAGGGGGAUAUCUGUGUGUGCAGGUGACUAUUACUGUGCAUAAUUAUUAGGCAACUUAACAAAAAACAAAUAUAUACCCAUUUCAAUUAUUUAUUAUUACCAGUGAAACCAAUAUAACAUCUCAACAUUCACAAAUAUACAUUUCUGACAUUCAAAAACAAAACAAAAACAAAUCAGUGACCAAUAUAGCCACCUUUCUUUGCAAGGACACUCAAAAGCCUGCCAUCCAUGAAUUCUGUCAGUGUUUUGAUCUGUUCACCAUCAACAUUGCGUGCAGCAGCAACCACAGCCUCCCAGACACUGUUCAGAGAGGUGUACUGUUUUCCCUCCUUGUAAAUCUCACAUUUGAUGAUGGACCACAGGUUCUCAAUGGGGUUCAGAUCAGGUGAACAAGGAGGCCAUGUCAUUAGAUUUUCUUCUUUUAUACCCUUUCUUGCCAGCCACGCUGUGGAGUACUUGGACGCGUGUGAUGGAGCAUUGUCCUGCAUGAAAAUCAUGUUUUUCUUGAAGGAUGCAGACUUCUUCCUGUACCACUGCUUGAAGAAGGUGUCUUCCAGGAACUGGCAGUAGGACUGGGAGUUGAGCUUGAUUCCAUCCUCAACCCGAAAAGGCCCCACAAGCUCAUCUUUGAUGAUACCAGCCCAAACCAGUACUCCACCUCCACCUUGCUGGCGUCUGAGUCGGACUGGAGCUCUCUGCCCUUUACCAAUCCAGCCACGGGCCCAUCUAUCUGGCCCAUCAAGACUCACUCUCAUUUCAUCAGUCCAUAAAACCUUAGAAAAAUCAGUCUUGAGAUAUUUCUUGGCCCAGUCUUGACGUUUCAGCUUGUGUGUCUUGUUCAGUGGUGGUCGUCUUUCAGCCUUUCUUACCUUGGCCAUGUCUCUGAGUAUUGCACACCUUGUGCUUUUGGGCACUCCAGUGAUGUUGCAGCUCUGAAAUAUGGCCAAACUGGUGGCAAGUGGCAUCGUGGCAGCUGCACGCUUGACUUUUCUCAGUUCAUGGGCAGUUAUUUUGCGCCUUGGUUUUUCCACACGCUUCUUGCGACCCUGUUGACUAUUUUGAAUGAAACGCUUGAUUGUUCGAUGAUCACGCUUCAGAAGCUUUGCAAUUUUAAGAGUGCUGCAUCCCUCUGCAAGAUAUCUCACUAUUUUUGACUUUUCUGAGCCUGUCAAGUCCUUCUUUUGACCCAUUUUGCCAAAGGAAAGGAAGUUGCCUAAUAAUUAUGCACACCUGAUAUAGGGUGUUGAUGUCAUUAGACCACACCCCUUCUCAUUACAGAGAUGCACAUCACCUAAUAUGCUUAAUUGGUAGUAGGCUUUCAAGCCUAUACAGCUUGGAGUAAGACAACAUGCAUAAAGAGGAUGAUGUGGUCAAAAUACUCAUUUGCCUAAUAAUUCUGCACUCCCUGUAUGUCUGCGUGUUUCACUAGAUCGUUUAUGUAUCGUUUUGCUAUUUGUGCCCCAAACCAAGGGGGCGGCGGGAGGGGGGUUGGUAGAACAUCUCGGAAUGCUGUCUAAGGUGGGUCUGGGUGCCCUUAAGGGGGGUCCCCGUUUGUCAAAGGAGUAUAGAUAGAAGACCCUGUAAUACAGGUUGGGGAUGGUAAGUGUUCUGAGGUAUUCAAUCUAUAUACAUAUAAACCAACAUUCGCAUUGCUAUUAUCUGGGUGAGCCGAAUACUUAUAGUCUUUUUGUAGUGUCCUUGGUGUUGUUUCUUCUCGCCGUGAUUGGGUGGGCAGGCGGUGCAUCUGGCCGGUGCUUCAAGCCAAGGGAGUGCCGUUAUCUAGGCCCCUCUGGCCCUCUGAUGUAUCUACAGUUGUCAGUCCCACCGUUUCAAGAAAAGAUGAGGCUUCCGCGAGGUAAGUGUGAGGGUAGUCCCAUUGUGUGUAGUUAAGAGUGAGCCCAGCGCUCCUCACCUGUAGGUGAUAUUGGCGGUACGUAGUUGUUGGGUCACUGGAUGAAGUGAUCGGCGCCACUGUAAGGUGGCCCUCGUCAAGUCCUGGUAGAAGGUGAGACUAGAGUCUUCAAACAUUAGUGGGGUCUUGCCCCGCAGCGCUGUCAUUAUUUGUCCCUUGUCAGAGGAAGAUGCACAGCGAAGUAUAACAUCCCGAGCUGUUUGUGAGUCGGCUCUUGGGGGGACCCGCGACCCGGUAUAUUCCAUCAAUCACCAUUUUUCUUGCCGCCGCUGGAGGUAAGAUUGUUGCCAGUAGCCUUCUUGUGUAGUGCGGCAGCUCAUCAGUGGUGAUCCCUGCAGGGGUGCCUCGUACCUUGAUGUUGUUGAGUCUAUGGCUGUUCUCGAGGGCGUUCAGGUGUAAGGCCAUAUUGUGGUGGGAUUUUUGGAGCUGGUGUACCGAGUCUUGCACUUUUGUUAGAUUAGUGGUAACUUCGGCUAUAUCAGCCUCUGUGGCCUGUACCCGGUCCUUUGUGCUCUGUAACUCUGCUUUUAUUCCUGCUAGUUCUUGCGACAGGAUUUUGUGAAAGUCAUGUAGGAGGAUUUGUAGGUCAUGUUUAGUCGCUGGUGGUGAUCCCUCCGGGGAUGCUGGUGGUGCUUUAUAGAGGUUAUUUCUCUCGGUUAGUUCAGAUUGAUCUGUUUGGGUAGGACUAGGCUGAUUUUCCUCUGGGGUCUGUUUGGGCCUAGCAGGCCGCUGAAGCAUGGCCCCGAUGUCUCUACCUUCUAUCUGGGUUCCAGCUUUCUGGGAGUGUCGCCCCAUGGCGGGCAUGAAGUCUCCCGAGGUGGAAGGGGAUCCGAUGCCAGGGUUGCUUGUAGGGCCUUGAUAGGCUCCACCGUAGAGCGCCUCUAGGGUAGGCAGUGUGUGCGUGGAGUAGGCCCCGGGCUUGCGCUUCUGCUUCGGCGUCUUUGUUUUCGCAAAGAAGGGCAUCUAUCGAUGCAGUGCGGGUUCCCAAGUCGGUGUAUGUGUUUGGGGUGGUGGGAUCAGGCUUGAUGUUCAAGAUUUAGGCGAGAUUUUAGUUUAGAUGUCGGAGCUGUCAGAAAUGGCGUCUGAUCAGCUCGGCAGUUGGCUCCGCCCCCCUAUUUAUUUUUUACAUCUAUUUAAUUGGCCAGUAUCUGCACUUUUGAGUCAAAAAUACUAAAACCACUCAUAAGAGUGUGGUGUGCUUUUACACAUAUCUAGGGGGAAACUACAUUUCUUGAACAUAAACAUUGCCUUCAAUUUCAUUUUGAAAGGCCACCUGGAUGGAAAGGCUGCAUAAGGAAUGCAGACAGAUGAAACCAAUGUGGGACUUUGCAGUAAAAGAAAAUGUUGUAUUUGGCAUUAAACAAUGCAUUCCAAAAUUAUAACCUCAUCACAGCAUUUGAGCGUUGUGCUGGGGGUAGUGUGGUUUGGGUCUUCUCUGCAGGCUCUGGACCUGAACAAAUUGCAGAAAUUUAGGAAACUGAAAGAUCUGGAUUGCAUUGUAAAUUUCUACAUGAGGUGUGAGCAGGAGCUUAAAAGAACAUGAACCACAAGACAAUAGUUGUUGCAUUUAAGAAUAAAGAAGUCCUUGUCUGAACUUUAACGCAGUUGAGGUGCUUUGGUAAGACCUAAAGAGAGUAGUUUUUUCAAAGCAGUCUAUUGCUGCCAAAGGAAGUGCCACCAGGAACAUUAUCUAAAAAAGGAAUUGUUGAGACUAAAAUCAAUUUCCCUUUUACAGAGAGCCUUCUUGAAAUGGAUACUAUUAUAGGUCAAAUGAAUUCAGGGAUACAGUAUUUAAAUUAUUUUUGUGUAAUAAAAUUUAUCUUUUUAUAAAGUUCAUGUGUAAUCUCUUGUGAACUUCAAGAAUUUAAAGUAACACUUGAUACACCUGCAGUGCUUCAUGUGUUUGGAAUCUGUCAUUUUCUUGACCGUUUAUAAACAUGCCAAUUUCAAUAGAAAUUGUCACUUAUUAUAAUUGUAUGAGAGACGCUAUUGUCACCAAAACAACUUUUGCUUAAAGGGACACUAUAGUCACCAGAACAACUACAGCUUAAUGUAGUUGUUCUGGUGAGUAUAAUAGUUCCAUUCAGGCUUUUUUCAUGUAAACACUGUCUUUUCAGAGAAAAGGCAGUGUUUACAUGGCCUUUGGAGGUGCUUCCUGGGUCAGUCCUGCCGAAAAGCAGCCCUGACAUUCAGCGUCCCCAUGCUCUGCAUGGAGACGCUGAAUUUCCCUCAUAGAGAUGCAUUGAUUGAAUGCAUAUCUAUGAGGAGGUCCUGAUUGGCCAAAACGGCAUUUGGCCCCGCCGUGCCAAUUUUUAGCCAAUCUGAAAAGCAUUGGAUUGUCAAAAAAUCGGCCAUUUUUUAUGAUGUCACAAAGGGGGCGGAGCCAGUGCCAGCGGACCCACGCGGCACUGCAAAUAAGGUGCGUUUUUAACUUUUAUAGGGGAAAUAAGGGGUGACAAGCCACCUAAAUACAAACAUGUAUUCCUGACCCUAUAGUGUUCCUUUUAAUGAAGCAGUUUUGGUGCAUAGAUCAUGCCUCUGCAGCCUCACUGCUAAAUCUUGUUAUUUAGGAGGUAAAUCACUUUGUUUAUGAAGCCAUAGUCCUACCUCCCUGCAUGUAAUUAGUCCAGCGUUCCUAAACACUUCCUGUAACGUGACCUUUCUUUGUUUAAACCUAUUUUGUCUGUCUGUUUAGUCUGUUUAAUUUAGAAUUUCUUGUCUUGUGCACUAUUAAUAGCUUGCUAGACCUUGCAUGAGCCUACUGUGUGUGAUUUAAAGUUGAGGUUCAGAGCAGUAGGAAAUAAAAACAUCUAAAGCAAGUUAAUGUCUGAAAAUGAAAUGAUUUUCUUUCCAUGCAGGCUGUGUCAAUCACAGUCAGGGGACGAGUGGCUAGGGCACUUUAUUUGCUGCAUGAACAAAAACAAGUGAUUUAACGCCUAAAUGGCAGAGAAUUGAGCAGUGAGAUGUCAGGCAUGAUAUAUAUACAAAAAAACUGCUGCUUUAAGCUAAAGUUGUUUUGGUGACUAUAGUGUCACUUUAGCUUGCUGAAAGGCUUUAUGUGAAGAUUGUGGCCUUUUUUUAAAUUUUAUUUUUUCCUUCCCAUUUUACAAAAGUGCAAAUUUCAAUAGAAAUUUACAUUUGUAUGAACUAACCUUGUUACACCCCCCUGGAUGUCAAUCAGACCAUUUUGUCUUUUUACUACCUGAUUGUUCAGCUCAGUGGCGCUAGACUGAAGAGGCAGCAAUUGCCCAGAGCACUUGCUUUACAAAGACUACUCAUUAAACUGCACUGGGAAGUCUGUGAUUGGACGUCCACAUAAAGUCUUGGUAGGAUUUGAAAGGGAGGACUUGCAAAGGCUGCAGACAAGAGCUCUCGGUGUUUGUGUGCAUAUGUAUACUAAUAACUAAAGUGAGCUAUUUUGAAUCCUUUGCUUAAGGUUUGUCCUGCAAUAACUGCGUACUGUCUACUAGCUGGCUAAUAUUUUCCCUACUGCUUAGGGCAGCCCUUCUGAUUAAUACAAAAUGUUGCUGCUGUAAACUCCUUAUCAACUGAUUAAUUUUGUUUAACCAUUCAAUGUGCCACCUAUGAUUACUUUAGUCCUCUCCCACUAUAACUCUAUUAUCCUUAUUGGCAGAUUGACAACUCCAUGUUUCUGAACAAGGUGAAGGAGCAACUUAUCCAAGAGAAGGGCUGCAAUUUGGGGUCCCAUUAUCCUACUCUUCUGACUGUUCCCACUUCUGUAUCCUUACCUGCUGGGAUUAGCGUAGAUGGAGAUAGUAAAGUGGAAGUUCAUGGAAUCCCUCAUAGCCAGGCUUCAGUCACACAAAACAUCACUGUGCUGCCUGUACCUACCACCGGCCUCAUGACGGCAAGUAAGUGAACGAUGGCUAGGUAACCCACGUUAUCCAGGCACCAUGGAGUCUGUGUACCCCACCUGUCCUAUCUAUACCCAACCUUUGCUGUAGCUUUUACACCUGCCGUACAUUUAUUGGAGUGUUUGUCUAAGCGUCCAUAUCUAUUGCUACGGAUACCAUAUAUUGUAUAGUUAUCUGAAGUUUUGUCUUGGCUCCAAUACAGUAUAAUGGCAGAUUUAGAAUAUUGAUCUAAUUUGUGGGUAAAUUGCAUUGCUUGUGAUAACAUCUCCUCCUCCUGUUUUUUAUGUUUGACCUGUCUUCUUGUAUUAUUGCAGCUGGCCUGGUGAUCACAUCUCCGUCUGGCUCGUUGGUCACUACUCCAUCAUCUUCAGGUCAGACGUUUCCCAUCUCUGCCCCAAUGAUUGUGUCCACACUCCAUGGCUCCCAGACGCUGCAGGUCGUGUCUGAGCUCACAAAAACUAAAAUUCAAGAAGUAGGAAUCCCAGGGAUACAGAAAAGUGGCCGUGGUCGAAAAAAGAAACGUCUUCCAGAACCUACGCUCCCUCACCUCAAUGAUCCUUAUGACCUUUCUAAUGAGGAUGAGGAUGAUCAUCACAAGGAUGGAAAGACCUAUCGGUGAGAGCAAAAUGGAGUAACAUUUUUUGCUGAUGAUGCAUAGAGUUGCUAUGAAGCAGUAAGCUCUAUUCACAUAGGAAACAUUUGUGGUUGGUGUCUACAAAAUAGGUUGUGUACUUCUUUAACAAAAGAGAUGAGUUUCUCUGGAUGCCCAACUGGUAAUUGGAACUGAUUUCCAGGAAUCAGGACAGUGGAGGCUGGACGUAUAGACCAAAGAACAAUAUAAUCUGUCCGUCCGUCCUCUGAGACCUGUGUAUGUAUAGAUAAUAAACUUUUAUCUUGUAUGCAGCAGUGAUGUAGCUGUACAUGGUAACCAAUUUUGUUUAGUUCUAUUUUAAGAAACUAUAGUUUAGAUAUCUAUACACUACCUGUAUUGGGCAUCUCUAUGUAUUAAGGUAUUACAGGGACCUGUGAAGAGGCAGCCCAUGACAUAUGCUUGAUUAACUGAUAGAUCUACCUGGUUUUAUAAUCUAAAAUGUUUCUCUUCCAGAUGCCGCAUGUGCUCACUAACAUUUUUCUCGAAGUCAGAGAUGCAGAUUCACUCCAAGUCUCACACAGAGGCUAAACCCCAUAAGUGCCCGCACUGUUCUAAAACCUUUGCCAAUAGCUCAUACCUGGCCCAGCAUGUGCGUAUUCACUCAGGGGCCAAGCCGUACACCUGCAGCUACUGUCAGAAGGCCUUUCGCCAGCUCUCUCACCUCCAGCAGCACACACGGUAAGAGAGGCUGAGGUGAGGCACUGUUAGUGUUACAUUUUGCUGUGUGCUUUGUUGGACCUUUGUGCGUGAAGUCUGUUUAGAGGUUGCUGUUUUUUUGUUUUUUUAAAGGCAUUUUUAUUACUUGAAGGAAGAUGUCCAGUAACAUAACAUAAAAAAUUAUUUUAACGACUUAAUGAGAAGUUAAAAAAAAAUAUACUCCUCUCCAGCACUGAUACUGCCUCCAUUAUUCUGGGUAUUACACUAGUGUGUAACAUCCAACCCAACCAUGCUGGUCCUGCUAAUCCACAAUUGUUAUAAACAGGGAAUAUGUUCCUAAUCAGCAAGCACCUCUCGUUGCCAGCAUAUCAAAGUGUGAGCAGUUGUCAGUCCUUUCCAAUACUACUCUGGCCAGGUGUGAGGGCAAAUCACGACAUAGUACACCAGCUGUAGUUGCUGUGACAGUGUAAAAAAAUUGCCUAUAAUAAGGUCUCCUGCUUUUGAGAUCACUCUGUUUUAGAGAAGCAUAGUAUUAGUGAGCAGAUCUCACUUGCACCUUUUGGUGCCAAAAUACAGGAAUGCAAUUAAAACUGCAUCUUUCAGAUAGGUCUAGUUCCACAGAGUUUUUUUUGGCCACCUUGAUGUGUAUGUUCUGUGUUUAAUUACUUUGUUACUGAUACAAAAGCUUACUGCUUUCUGUCGCAAUCAUGCAUCUAAGACUGGAGUUACACCUGUGCCCCUAGAAAGAACCCGACACUCUCCCCCUCGAGCAGCCGGAUUAGAAAGGGGGGAGGGAGCGUUUCCAUUCAGACACUGUGUCACGUGUCCUUCCCCCCUUCCAUUGUGCCGUGUGCCCUUAUGACACACGUAAUCCAGCACUCCCAGAUCUUCCACAGUUUCUUGUGGACUAGAUCCUUUCCAAUUCCUUAGCUUUCUUUCCAUGGAACUAGCACUUUUCUGUUUUCACUGUCCUCUCUGUAUGCUCUGCUAUCCCCCUGCUCUGUGUUCCAUUUUUCUUUGCUCUCCCCACUCUUUCUUUAGAAAAUUAGGCAGACUAGAUGGGCCGAAUGGUUCUUAUCUGCCGUCACAUUCUGUUUCUAUGUUUAUGCCUCUUGUCCUUUUUCUUACAAACAAUUAAUAUACCUUUCCUUUGCUCCCCUACUACUUACCAAAACAUUACAUGCUCACCCUUUUCUGACUUCCUUGUCAUUCACAAUACUUCUUCAUAUCUUAAAUCUUUCUCAUUCUCAUCCUACUUCUUCCUGUGCUUAUCAGCUGUUUUGAAGAAAAAAUGGUUUUAAUAUUUUAUUAAAGGUUUUCUAACAGUGUGUCCUUUUCCUUUUUUAUUUAUUUUUUUUGCAUUUCAUGUUCUGUUAAAAAUAAAGUAUAAUAAUAAAUAUACUAAUAAUAUUCUUGUGUCCUUCCCUUUUCAUAUUUGUCCAAAGAGCGCUGCUGGCAGUCUCAGAACAAUAAAUGAGGCACACACUUACUGGAUUUUAACUGCAUGCCUGGCAAUGACUGAGGUCAUCACACAGUGAAUGUACAGCAGUCGGGCAAAGUAGAGCAAUCUUUGGUCUGAUAGGUGCUGCCACCAACUAAGCAUCCCCUAAAAUGACAGUGCUCCCUUGGAAAAUAUGAAAUUGUUGCAGAAAUACUUUUUAAUGGAACAUGAAUAUAAAAUAUACACAAAGGCAGAAAUAAAGAAAACCUUUUAUUAGGGCAAAAGUAAUCCUAAAUAUUAACAGCUGUUUUUCCUUCAACCCUGUCUCUGUCCUAUCCUAACUUCUCCCAAACUUCUUUUUAGAUUAAAAUGCUUUUCUUGUUCCUACUAAUUUCCUCGCUUUAACCUAGCUGAACUCAUUCUUGAACCUACAGUCUGGACCUACACAAUGCUGUACCUCAGUCUUACCUGUCAUAUCUCUUCCUGCUUCUUGUCAUCCCAUAAUCUCUACGCAUUGGCAUUUAAUACCUCUAUACAUAUAUAGUGCUUUCCUAAAUCUCUCCCUACAUGUGUACAUACUAUGAAAGUGUCCAGGCUCCACCUAAAUAUCUGAAUGAUCCCAAAGACCCACCCCCUGUGUCGUUCUGGCAGGAUCCACACGAAGGUGCCUAAUGUUGUAUCCAAGCCCCUCAAGUGUCCGCACUGCUCCAAAACCUUCGCCAACGGCUCCUACCUGGCCCAGCACGUGCGCAUCCACUCGGGGGCCAAGCCCUACAACUGCAGCUACUGUCAGAAGGCCUUCCGCCAGCUCUCUCACCUCCAGCAGCACACACGGUAAGAGAGCAGGAGGAGAGAGCUGGGGGAGCCCCAAGACCAGCAUGUGCCCUCCCCCUUCCUACCCCACUCCUGCUGCAUGCACACGUGUCUGAAUGGAAACUGAUUUAAAGGAGGGAUACCAUCCUGUAUGCUCAUUUCACCCUCAUUAACUCCCCACCUUCCCACACCCUGUCCCCUCCACUCCUUAAAUAACUCAAUUUGUCAGAGCUUGAGCUUGUUAGUAAUUCUAUUUUUUUCUUUUCUUUUUAGGAUUCACACUGGAGACAGACCAUACAAAUGCGUACAUCCAGGCUGUGAUAAGGCAUUCACCCAGUUAUCUAAUCUUCAGGUAAAUAUUUUGCAUAUUAUUAUUACAGUUGUGUUCUUGUCCCUCUUGUUUAGGUAUAGUCAACCUUCGUCACUCCAGAUGUUGUGGAUUACAUUGACCCUGGAGCUUUGCCAGCAUUAUGGAGGAUGUAGUCCACACGGUUGCCUGCCCUUCUUCUAGACCGCACCUCCCUUUUGUUUUCAUACUGAAAACCUCUUAUCACUUAGCUUCUUUCACCCAUUCAUUAACAUUGCUUGUCUUACUGAGCUGCUCUCACCUAUUUCUAAUCAUUGCUAGUCUGUAGUUACAGAAUUCUUGCCAUCUCUGCUUAAAAGGGGCACUCAAAGCACCAUAAACACUUGACCAUGCUUUAGUGAUUAUGGUGCCAAGAGCCCCCCUAUUGUCUGUCAUUCCUCAUUGAGCUCCUCUUAUCAUCCUUACUGCCUCUCCUGUAUCUGCCCUAACGCCAUACUUACUAUGUUCUCCCAUCUCUGCCUUAAAGGGACACUAUAGUCACCUGAACAACUUUACCUUAAUGAAGCAGUUUUGGUGUAUAGAACAUGCCCCUGCAGCCUCACUGCUCAAUCCUCUGCCAUUUAGGAGUUAAAUUCCUUUGUUUAUGAACCCUAGUCACACCUCCCUGCAUGUGACUUGCACAGCCUUCCAUAAACACUUCCUGUAAAGAGAGCCCUAUUUAGGCUUUCUUUAGUGCGAGUUCUGUUUAAUUAAGAUUUUCUUAACCUUAACUCCACCCUUACUGUGCUUCUUCCAUCUCUACCUUAAUUCCACCCUUACUUGCUUCUCCCAUCUCUACCUUAACUCCACCCUUACUGUGCUUCUCCCAUCUCUACCUUAAAUCCAUCCUUACUGUGCUUCUCACAUCUCUGCCCUAACUCCAUCCUUACUGUUACUCCCAUUUCUGCCCUAACUCCUUCCUUACUAUCUUUCUCCCAUCUGUUUUAACUCCACCCUUUCUGUGCUUCUCCCAUCUCUACCUUAACUCCACCCUUUCUGUGCUUCUCCCAUCUCUACCUUCACUCCACCCUUUCUGUGCUUCUCCCAUCUCUACCUUAACUCCAUCCUUACUGUGCUUCUCCCAUCUCUACCUUAACUCCAUCCUUACUGUGCUUCUCCCAUCUCUACCUUAACGCCAUCCUUACUGUGCUUUUCCCCACCCGCGAGGGCGACCAAAUACGCAUGGGCGGCAAUGGCCACUCUCGCUUUAGGAUUCCCCCCCCCCCCCCCUUUUUUUUUUUUUUUUUUUUAUUUUUUUUAAUAAAGGGACACCAAGCACCAUAAUCACUACCGCUUAAUAUAGUGUUUCUUAUGGAAAGAGACUAUCCCAUGAGUCUCUCAAUUGUAAACUCAGCCUUUUCUGAGAAUUGGCAGUGUUUACAUUGAGCUGCAAGAACACCUCUAGUGGCUAUACUCAGCCAGUAGAAUCACUUUAUAUUGUAGUCCUGCAUUCUGUGCAGGACCGAUGUUCGGCAUCUUCACGCUGUGCAUGACGACACCAAAUGCUUCACAUAAAGAUGCAUUGAGAUAAUGCAUUUCUGUGAAUGGAUGUGGAUUGGAGCAGCGUGGAAAUUGCAGCUAAUGUGCACUAGCUUCUCCAAUGCUUCACUAUGGGGAUGCAUUGGAUAGGACAAGAUCAAUUUUAUCUCAGCCAGGGAGACAGUCUGGGGUAUAAGGUAAGUAAAAAGAAGACCUGAAACAUCUAAACUGACUGGAGAGUAUUCUAACGUUAGGAAUACAGGUUUGUGUUACUAAACUUAGAGUGCUUCUUUAAUAAACUCAUGCACAACAAAGUGUAUAUAUAAUAUAUAUUUUGUUUCUGUUCAGUCUCACAGAAGACAGCACAACAAAGAUAAACCAUUUAAGUGCCACAACUGUCACCGAGCGUACACGGACGCCUCUUCUCUGGAAGUCCACCUGUCUACGCACACUGUCAAACAUGCAAAAGUCUAUACUUGCUCCAUCUGCAGUCGUGCAUAUACUUCGGUGAGUAGCACUCCAUUUAUAAAAUGCCACAACUCCCUGUACUUUACUACUCCUAUUAAUUUACCUUUCUCUAUAUGGUCACUCGAACAUUUUUUUGGUUUGUUUUUCUUUCCUAGGAGACGUACCUGAUGAAGCAUAUGAGGAAGCACAAUGCUCCAGACACCCAGUCAUCUCCACCAACACAGGUCCUGACCUCGCAGGGGCAUUUUACUCCUGUGUCUCAAGCACCCACAUCUGAUGGACCCCAAUGCUCAUUCGACAUGAAUCCCUUCAAAACUGACCAUCAUAAGGACUUAUGUCUGACAGUCUCCACCACCGCCAUUCAAGUGGAACAUCUCACCAGCUCCUAGUUGUUUUCCAGGAGCCUAAAUGUCUGGGGAAGAAUUGUGAACUAGACCCAGUGAGGAGCGUGAGAUUGGGGAUUCUGGGUCAGCCUCAACUUGGGCGGGUGGGGGGAAGGAAAGGACAUUUGAAUCCCAAUAUGGGAGAUGUGAGAGGCUGAAUCAGGGUUUCUCUAAAACAUGAUGAAGGAAAGGACUGCUGUGCGGCAGCCUCAGAAUGGAGAAAUUCAUGACAACUUCAAAUAGUCCUGAUGGAAAGUACUGCCAAAAUCUGGUUCAGACCAGGUGGAAAGUCUGAGACCUAAAAAGUCUCUCCUGACAUUGAACAAGUGGCACGAUUAAGCUGCGCUGCACAUCCAGUGCCAGCUCCCACAGGCUGCGCUGCACACUCCUUACCACAUCCCACACUGCUAGUUUCAACUUCCCACAGGUUAUGAUGCACUCCCAGUUUCCACCUCCCAAGGCUGUAGUCUGUCUACUGCAAUACGGCUCUGUAUCCGCAAAUGAAAAUUAAGUGAGCAGCACCUAUUGAUCUGGGAAUUCACAGAGCUAUUUGUGUGGGCACUGUGGGGUGCAUUUUGACAGCAUGUGAGGAAGAUGCAUUGUGUAGUGCUGCAUGGAAGGCUCUGGCAGUGUCUAUCUUUGGGGAGGCUGCUCAGCGCAGUGCCACACCAUGGAGAGCCAGUGGCGCGCAGUGUGUAAGGAGGCUGCAAUUUGCAGUGCCACAUGAAAUACUGUGGAGGGCAGUGCCACAAAGCAGGAACUGCCUAUAUGCUGAAUUUGUUGAAGGCAAGAGCAUUUAAGCAUAUUAGACUUUUCUUUUUAUACCCUGAAAAUAAAAUAGAUAUUUGGGGAAUGGGGGGAGGGGGGUUUGUCUGUUAUUAUGUAUUAUUUUAUCCUUAUUUGGUCCCUCCGUUACAUCCUCCUGGAAGCACACUGCAAAUACAAAGGGGGCGUGAUUAGUACAGACACCACCCAUGUGGGCAGGAUCCUGGUUAUUGGAGUGACGUUCUGCGUUCAAACUUAUAUUAGCUAGAUCUGCUAAUCUUUCAGAGAAGGGGCAAUAAAGCCUUUUAUCCUGAAUAGGCUUAUGUAUACAUAUAUACCGAACAAAAUGUGUAUAUAUACAUAUAUCCACUGUAGCCUAAUUACUGAUAUUGUUUUCGUUUUAUUAUUUUUAUUUUCCCCAGUGGUAGGGAGAGUGGCUGCAUAUUAUGGGUAUGGGGAGGUUGUGGUGGGGUGUCUGUUAAAUGAAAUGGCAUCUUCUGCGUUUUCGUAAGCUAGGUUUUCUGUCCUGUUUUACUUUUCCUUCUUACAUACUCCUUUUCACUGCUUCUCCAAUAUAAUAUUUGUUAAGACCUUGCAGCUUUGUCUGAUAGUGUCUCCUCAACCAGCCUGAUCUUCUGCCUGUGUCCAUUGAAUGUAUAUUUAUUGAAUGUGGUUGUGUUCACAAUACCUCUCUCUGAGGAUUGCUUCUCUGUUAUGAUGAUCUCAAUGGACUCUAACCCACCAACCACAUCUGAUGUUUCUCUUCUUCCUUCAGUCUUUUAUGGUGCCUGUCUUUAUCUUCUCUUGCAGCAUUGCUUUCCAGUCCUGUCUUGCUUUUCACCUCCACCUCUUUCCACUGCCUCCCCCUCCAUAAAACCAAACUGGGGCUUAGGACAAAUCCAAAUGUUACAACAAUGAAAGGGGAUACUCACCAUGAAUUAGAACCAUUUUUGCCCCUGUUUCUAUUAUAGUGUAUAUAAAUAAACCUCUGUAUACAGUGUAUUUCAUAUUCUCUCUACCGGAUGAGCUGGUGCUGUCAUAUUUAGUACUAAUUCAUGAGAACUUCAUAUCAAUUUGGUUGCAGUGUGCAGAUAAGUUUUCUGAACAUGUAUGAGAAGUCUGUGCGAUAAACUGUACAUGUGUCUGACACCGGUGAGGUCUCAUAUACUGCUGUAUUGGUGAGCAUAAAAAGAAUGAUUGUGCAAUGUAUUAGACAUACUACUUGUGUUCUGUGGCAGCAGUGCAGAUAAAGAUGUGUUACAAGAUCUUUUGAUGUAUGCGUGACAGAUAAAAGCAGUGCAUGAUGGUGGUGACUUAGGC